CAAGGCGAGAGGAUCCUGGGCUACGCCGAAGAGCCCUGCUAUCUCUGGUUCGUCAUGGAGUACUGCGAAGGCGGGGACCUGAACCAGUACAUCCUCUCGCGCAGGCCCGACCCGGCCACCAACAAGAGCUUCAUGCUGCAGCUGACGAGCGCCAUCGCCUUCCUCCACAAGAACCACAUCGUGCACCGGGACCUGAAGCCGGACAACAUCCUGAUCACCGAGACGUCCGGCGCGCCCGUUCUCAAGGUGGCGGACUUCGGGCUCAGCAAAGUGUGCGCCGGCCUGACGGCCAGAGGCAAGGACGGGGGGAACGACAACAAAAAUGUGAAUGUGAACAAAUACUGGCUGUCGUCGGCCUGCGGCUCGGACUUCUACAUGGCGCCGGAGGUCUGGGAGGGGCACUACACCGCCAAGGCCGACAUCUUUGCCCUGGGCAUCAUCAUCUGGGCCAUGAUCGAGCGGAUCACGUUCAUCGACGCCGAGACCAAGAAGGAGCUGCUGGGGACUUACAUCAAGCAGGGGACGGAGAUUGUACCCGUCGGGGAGGCGCUGCUAGAGAACCCAAAGAUGGAGCUGCACAUCCCCCAGAAACGCAGGACUUCCAUGUCUGAGGGGAUCAAGCAGCUCUUGAAAGACAUGUUAGCUGCUAAUCCUCAGGACCGCCCCGAUGCCUUUGAGCUUGAAUCCAGGAUGGACCAGGUUACUUGUGCUGCUUAAACUCAGGUCAAAGUGUUGGCGCGCUUUGAAAACUAUGGAUUUCUUACCAGGGACCUACAAUCUCUACGACUUGACGUGCCCAGAAGAAAGACGAAAGCUUAAGGGGGUGGUCCGAGGCAAAAGGAACAACCUGCCGGCACCGUGAAGUUUCGAGGAUCCUCUUCCAAGUCCCAGGGAGGGCAGAAGCUGUUGUAAUCCAUGUUAGAACUUAGACGAUUAAAGCUUUUUAAAACAUUA